CUUGCUACACACACGCACGUAGGCAAAAUGCUUUCUUUGCUCUCGAGUAUUUUCCUCAUAUUUUCUUUGAGUUGUGGUAAUGGGGCAUCACUACAAUGUUCCGUCACGGACGUAAAGAGUCUUCUGGAGGGAUGUGACAGGUUGACCGGUCUAAACGUGACCAGCGUGGGGGGAACCAUGGUCAAUGACCACAACUGCGACGUCUUGCUUCCAAAGCAGGUGUUCAUACAAGAACCCUUAUUCCAGUACGCGUUGGCUGAUUCGAAAAAGUUCUACACAAUCAUCCUAGUAGAUCCAGAUGCGCCACCACAAGUGGAAGGGGAGUUCUACUUGCAUUUGCUGAAGUCUAACAUUCCUGGGCUUGCCUUAAAAUCAAAGGACAGCAGCAAAACUUCAGGCAUUGAUUACCGAGGUUACAAGCCGCCAACGCCACCUCGCGGGACCGGCCCUCACCGCUACUUCGGCCUUCUCUUCGAGCAGGCGGAUGGAAACAACUUCUUGCCGACCGUGCCAUCGACGCGCUCUCGCUUCGUGCUAGCCAACUGGCUCCGAGGGAAGAACCUCUGUGGACCCGUCGCGGGCACUUUGUUCCGAUCGCAGUUUUAGAUGGCGCUAGUAGUAGAGUUUUAAGCUC